UGCUGCCCCAUCCUGCACAGGAAAAAGCUCAUCUUCCCUGCCACACUUCCUUUGGGGACUCUUGGAGCACUCAGCCUGCGCUGCCAUCCACACUCCAGCACUGCAGCAGGCAGAGGGAAAGGGACCAAGAGGGAUCAAAGAGGAGCCGGAGAUGGAGCUGCUGGCCGCUCUGGGCUGCGUCCUGCUGCUCCCCGCGGCUCUGGGGCAGGACUGUCCAUCGCCGUGCAGGUGCCGGUCCCUGCCGGAGCCGGGGGCGCUCCUGGUGGACUGCGGCUCCCGGGGGCUGCGCUCCGUGCCCGCGCUGCCCCGCCGCGCCCGCAGCCUGCUCCUGCACAACAACAGCCUGAGCUCCGUCCCCGCCGGGGCCCUGGACGGCCUGGGCCACCUGCGGGACCUGCGGCUCGGGGACAACCCCUGGCACUGCGACUGUCGCAUCCUCUACCUCAAGCUGUGGCUCCAGGAUUUCUCCGCUCCCGCGCUCGCCCGGCUCAGGUGCGCCAGCCCCGCUCACCUGCGGACGAAAGCCCUGGCGCAGCUGACCGGCAACGACCUGGGCGCUUGCACGAGGCUCCCCCCGACACAGUGCCUCCAGUUCUUCUGGAGAGACCUCCUUUUAAUUGCUGGAGCCGUGAUUACCCUUCUUUUAGCGGCGUGGGCUCUGAAGUUCUCCAAAAAGCUGGUGUGCCAGCUCAUCCUCGGGGGCCGGCGGCUGAGGAGGAGCAUCCCCAAAACCCGCAAGACUCAGUGAGCUCUGCCCUGUCUGACAGAAACUCCCGACUCCUCCACAACAAAGAAAAGCAACGGAGCUGCUAACGCCGGUUUGAAUAGUCAAUGCUUAAAAAAGAAAAAAAAAAAGCUCCAAGUCUGGGUCCUCAAGCAAGUUUGAUUUAAUUUUUGUCCAAAAAGAAGCUUGGUGAGGUUUGGACAGACACCUUUCAUCCUGAUGCCAUCUACGCAUAUGAAGAGCAGCUUCCACAUUUUAAAAAUAAUUUAACUUAGUGCUUUCCCAGUGAAUUCUCAGCUCUUAUAGAAAGAUUUACACUCCCACAUCCUUCGAUUUUUAUAUACGGAGAUGAAAAUCAAUUGUAUUACUGUAACAACUCCUUUCUCACUCGGGCUCUGCGAGUUUUACAACCCAUCACCAUCCCUCGGUGUCCCAGAGGGUUUGGCAGGACCAUUCUGGUGCAGAAAAACUCAGUCAUCUCUUCCUCAGGUUCAGGAGCUUCCUCCCACCAAAACCACCGAGAUUUUAUAGACCAGACACUGAAUGUAUCCCCUGUUGAAUGCAGUUAAAGAUGGACUGGUAAGGAGAAUAUAGUCAGCAAAAUAAUUUUAAAUCUCACUGGAUUUCCUGGAGGGUGAACAAUAAUAAAGCACUCUAUGUAAAACUCAAAUAAUGGAUGCUUAUUGAACAUUCACAUUGACCCGAAUUUGAUUUCUUUCACGAUUCUAAACAUUUCUGAUUUGAUUUCUAAGAUAUUUGCAGAACUUGUCCUCUGGAGGUAAUUUUAGAAUAAUUCCCCUUCACUGAGCUUUUCAAUUUUUUUAAAAGACAACCACCAUUCUGUAGGAAUGAAGAAUAUUACAGAAGAAACGCACUCUGCCAUCCCUCACGGAAUUCCCUACAUUUCUCGUUUCCCCAAAAUGAAAUAAAUAAUAAACACUAAAACCUUAUCAGUCUUUUCUGUGCCUAUGAACGAGACAUGCAUAGAAUAGUAAACUGCUUUACUGCAUGGCCUCAAUAGUGCAAAUAUUUUUAAAAUGAGCAAUUAGCAAACAUUUCUGCUUACACCAACACAUCAAAUAAGAUGCACAGAACACAGGAAAAAAAAUAGUUGAGAGAAUUUUUCUGUCCUUAUAGGAGGAAAGAGGAGGGAAUUCCUCCAUGACAGUAGUUCACAUUCUACCAAAAGUGCAUUGUAUUCAUAACUUUUCAUCCAUUUGGGUUUUAUCUGAAAAAAAACCCUCUUCAAAGGGGACAACUGGAACUAACCGAGGGCUCAAAAGCAACACUCAGUGUUUAUCUGGAAGGGCCCCCAUGUCAUGCUUAAGCCACACACUCCAACAAAGUCAUAAAUAACACCACGGUUGCUAAUAAUGUGCAAAGGCAGGAAAAUACAUCAGCUAUCAAAAUGAAACAUGCAGGCAGCACUCCCAAAAUGGGUUUGGAACACACCAAGAACUGUCACUGCAUCCUGCCUGCAAGGGACAAACUGGUGGCUGUGUCUGCUUCCACAGUCUGGGAACACGUGUGAUUGCUGGGAUGACAAUGAAUAAAAUAAAAUAAAAUAAAAUAAAAUAAAAUAAAAUAAAAUAUAAAAAAUAUAAUAAAAAAUAAAAACAUAAAAAUAUAUAAAUAUAUAAAUAAAAUCUAAACAUAAAAUAAAAAUAACAAACAUAUCAUAGAAGAGAAUAGAAUAGAAAUAGAUAAAAUAAAAAAUAAUAAAAAUAAAAUAAAAUAAAAUAAAAUAAAAUAAAAUAAAAUAAAAUAAAAUUAUAUUUGCUUCCACACUGGGCGGGGCAAGUCAUCAGAGUCAGCAUUCUUGACCAAAACCUCACUGUAGCACACAGAGAAGGUUUGUGUGAACAGCAGUUCUGUGUACAUUGAAAUUCAGUUAAUGUGAAGAAUACUUGCAGGUUUCAUUCACUAAACAGCACAGUAUGUGAAAAACCUUUUUGCCUAUAAAUUCUCUUUAUUUUGUUAACACUGGAGCAAACAGCAUUGCUCAAGCUGAAUUACUUCAGUUCAGCUUCCACUUACUUUCUGCCAGGCUUUAGUUUGAGUUUAUUCCAGGUCUGUUGUUUGAGCUCCUGCACUAGGGCAGUUUGCAAGGCUCCAUCAUCACAGAAUGCUGCUCUCCUGUGUGCUGCAAGGACACGGGAUACCAUCCUGGCAGAACAUGAUUAUUAUGGUCCAUGUGCUACGAGUCAGCUCUGGAACUCCCUGAAACACAAGG